AUGGACCCGGAAGAAGAUCCGCGUCAGGAGAGCACUCACAGUCGGCCAGCGUCGAAGCGCCCACCGUUCGUGCGCAGAGUCCUAGAUCUCAGGGGAGUGUUCGUGAAGAUGUUGGAGGAGGACAACCGCAGGAUAGCGGCAGCCCAAGCCAAGGCAGCGGCUCAUCGACGGGAGGCAACCCCCCCCGCCCCCUCCUCCCCAAGCCAAUCACCCUCCACGCCCCAACCCGUCCCCGCCCCCCCUCAGUCCACUCCAGACUCCGCCCAGUCCCCAAGACUGGAUGCAAACGGUGUUGGAAACGAGAGCCCUACGCUACACGGAAUACCCGCGGAUAGCCGCACCGGAGCAAUUCAUCAAAGAGCUGUUUCUGGAACCGCUGGCGUUGGAGAAGUUGCUAUGGGCAAUCCACAUACUGCCAACGCUGUCGGGAUACCCGCCGGAACUGAGUCAGGCGGUGCAGGCGAUCCGGGAAGUCGAUCAUCUGCGGUCAUCGAGUGUAAAGAGACACGUACUAUCAUUAUACCGGGCAUCGAGGGGAUGAUAACGGCCGUGCGCAUCCGCGUUGACACAUCCCGCGUCUAUCAGGAGUUCCGCGAUGACAGGGACUUCCUGGAGGCUACGACUUCCAAAACCUCGCUUAGUGUUGAGGGGGCGGCUGUUCCGGUGGUUGUGAACUCUCCAGUCGAGGCGGUGAUGCCGCUGACUUGUCGUAAAACGAGUGUGAGUGUAAUUGACAGAGAAGGUGUGACAAAUGGCCUCGUCCACAAGAUGGGGAUUGACGGCGGCGUAGGUAGAGGCAAGGAUCGAUCGAUAAGUCAAAUCAAUUUUGGCGAAGUAUCGUCCUUGAGCGGCCCUUUGUAA